CUAUAUCCCACCCAGGCCUCCCCCAUGGCCUGCCUGCUUGUGCCUGUGUCUAUGCCUGCAUCUGCUGCAUCAUCACCAUCAUCAUCCUCUUCUUCCCCCUCUCUACCGGUCUCUUGACUGGAGCCAGUGACCUCAGCUGCCUGGUUCGCUUGCGUUUGACCUUGUUCUUUGCCCAUACUAAGUACUACUGCUCUCUUGUUGAGAAUUAGCCGCCUCCUCUACUUUACACCGACCGACUUUCUACCUCCGAAUAUCUGAGCUCUGACUAUGAAAGCGAGCGCAUACACUUUUGCCCGAGCGAUUAAUGCUGUAACAUCCUACAGCAUUGGCAGCAGUGUAGGCUCUUGACUGCUCAAUGGACGCCUCUCAGGCCGCCGACCAUGGCUACUGGGGUUACUUGAUCAAACCCGACAAGAGCGCAUCACCGCAGCUCGAACAAUUAUGCUUGGGCCUGGCCAAAGUCAUUCCCACUCUUGAGCCUGGACCAAACGACGAACUCACCCCUCAACGCCUCGCCGCCUUCUACCGAGCAGUCGACGGGAACUACGACUCGCUCUUCCUUCGCACCACCGAAGGAGGCCUCUCUUUCAUGUACCAGACCCUGGGGUGCUUUCACAGCCUCCAACCCACAGCCAGCCCUUUCGAUCAACCGAGGGUUCCCUGCCUAACACCUCACGGCUUUGCCCGGUGGCAGACAAUCCAAAUACUGCUCUGUCCUGAGGAAAAUGUUGGUUUCAUGCAAAAGGCGGUGCAGAAAUGGAAUGUCCCAAUGCCCAAUGGUGGGACUUUUCCCAAAUAUAUCCCACAGAGCUCGUUUCCAGCCAAACCCGACGAAGAAAUGGAAAGAUGGCACAAGAUGGUCACCGGGCAAUUAAACCAGAAGAAUUACAUGCAUCGCUUGAAGAAUUCACCGCACCAAUCUCCCCAUAUCGAGCCAACUGACCGUCGCGACGGCUAUUUUGCAGGAGCUUCGCUCAGAAGACCCACGAGACACUCGAGGAGUAGUUCGAGAGACGAUUCAGACCGCCGAGCUGCUUCAUAUCACCGACGAAGUAGUGUACCUGACUUCCCGUCUCCACCACAAGAUAGAGGAAUACGUUUUGAAACCAGGCCCACCACUGGAGGACACCAAACACGGAGCCAUUCUGCACAAAGACCUCCUCAUCCUCCUUCUCGUCAAAGAUCCCACACCGCAUCUGGGAAUUCAAGUAGCCCACCCAACAAGAACAGCCCUGCGAAAAGCCGACGCACUAUUGACCCCAAUGAUCCCGCUGCUAGACGUUCGUCUGCACAUGCAUCGUUUCAAUAUCGCUCUCCUGCUCGGACUCCUUCUACUGUCGAUGAAGAUACGGGCAGCGAAGCAAGCUCCGAAACUUCUCAUGUCGGCCGACGUCAUCGCAGAUCGGACGAAGAUCGAAAGACUCGACCUUCUUCAUUGUGGGUUCCCUCGUUCAUGAGGUCGCACAAACGGCGUCAUUCGUCUGAUGCAAGUUACCGUGCGAAUGCUGUCAAAGACUCGGCCCAACGAUCAGAUCAUCGUCAACCACAGGCCAUCAAGGCUCCCCCGCCAGCAGCUUACCGUGGUGGUGCUCCUCAGUGGCGUGACACAGACUGGGGGAGCGAUGCAGCUACAGCCACUCCACCACAAACAUAUGCCCAGCUAGAUCCCCGAGGCCCAGCCAUUCGUUACCCCGAUCAAGCUUCUUUUGAGCCAUUGACUCGAGAAAGCAGUAGCGGGAGUGGAACCGAUCAAAGAUAUCGAUCGUCGGACUGGGAGAGAGGUGGUGCACAUAGACGGGGAGGUGCACCUCUUAGAGUCGGUACCCUCACGGGCGUACAAGGGAGAAGAUACCCAACAUCGGAUCCGAUGAGUCCAAUCGAUCGCCAGAGAAGCCAUGCUCCUCCUUCCCGAGGUGGCGUCGCUGCUCUGGGGUAGAUUUGAGGAGGGAAGGUUACGAUUCAGUCAGGGGUGGCCAAACCCCCACAAAAUACGCAAUUACUUGCUUGCUUGAAACUUGGUACCUGAUCUCAGAACAGGUAUGAACCUAGUACAGAGUACGCUAAGAGGUAUAUGAACACUACUCGAUAAGUUCACGAACUGCAAAGAAAGAAAGGAAAAGGAAUGAUUUGACGUGAUGAGACGAAAUGAAAUUAUGAGGUUUUGAAGACAGGUCAGCAUAGAAGCUCAGGCUUAUUUGGCGUUCAAUCUUUGUUCUAUCUUUGUUCUGUUUGAUCUCUACUUUUAGUUUUUUUGGCGGACGCGUGAGGUAUAUACAGUGAGUCAGUCUAUAGCAGUAUAGCAGGGUAUGAAUAUACUUGUCCGAUG